GAUAAAGCUACCGCUAACGACCCCGUAAACGCCAACAAGCCCUUAUAUAUGAUCAGGAGGGAGGCUAGACAGCGCCUUUCUAUUGGAUAGCAGCGUUAGCCAAUCGUAAAAGGAACACGGCAAGCCUAAUUUGCAUAUCCCUUGCUCUGGGAUGACAUAAUGUGUUGUUGUAGUCAAUCAAAAGCGAGCAAUGUUUGAUCCUUCAUUUGAAUACGAGGCGUGCAAAUAGAGUUGGUGCAGCGGACGUACGUGUCUCUCCACAGUAGCUAGCCAGUAUGCCUGAUCCGUCCAAGUCCACUCCGGCCCCCAAAAAGGGGUCUAAGAAAGCCGUUACUAAGGCGCAGAAAAAGGACGGCAAAAAACGCAAACGGGGCCGCAAGGAGAGCUACUCCAUCUAUGUGUACAAGGUGCUGAAGCAGGUGCACCCCGACACUGGCAUCUCGUCCAAGGCCAUGGGCAUCAUGAACUCGUUCGUCAACGAUAUUUUCGAGCGCAUCGCCAGCGAGGCUUCCCGCCUGGCGCAUUACAACAAGCGCUCGACCAUCACGUCCCGCGAGGUGCAGACGGCCGUGCGUCUGCUGCUGCCCGGGGAACUGGCCAAGCACGCUGUGUCCGAGGGCACCAAGGCUGUCACCAAGUACACCAGCUCCAAGUGAGGCGCUGCGCCGGCGUCCUCAAUCCAAAGGCUCUUUUCAGAGCCACCCAUACGGUCGUUAAAAGGGUCUUGAACACAGUGUGUGGAGGCAUUGAUGGUUGCCACGCACCUGAUGGAAAUUCCCUGUUACUGGGUACGACCAAGAGAGAUGUAUUUGGAAUGAGGAAUGUAGGGUUGCAGCUGCUCGGUCUGCUCUUCCUAAGGGUGGGAUGUGGACGAUGGCCACGGGAGGAGGCAAGGGACGUGAGUCCCCUCCCCAAGCCUCGAGUCUUACCCAGGUGGGCGAGGUCACAAGCAUAGUGGGAUUCUGGGUGCCGCGCGUCCUGGGUGGCCUCAGAUCUGCGUUCCUUUAGAACGUCUCCUGGAAUAAACAGGCGUCUUAUCCCCUG